GCCUUCAGCCGGAUGGGAACUAGAUGUUACCCUAAAUAAUACAGAGCAAUAGCAUUCGAAUUCCGUACUUGAGCGCGUUUGGAGACAGAAGCAGCUUUCAAUAAUGUAUAUCAGUCAGUGCAUGGUCGUAGUCUAAUUCCAGCCAGGAAAGUAGAUGUACGCCUUAGGGAUCGGUAAACAAGACUGUACCAAUGGAUCUUCUAGCGCAACAUGUUAAUAUCCAUGGAGAAAGGGUAGUUGCAAGGCCUGGAGUGAGGUUUUUCAUAUAACAGAUUAAAUCUUUAAUAAACUGCAGGACACAAUGGAGAGAGGCAAGCCUCGCCCUAGACGGCCUGAUAUGGCACUUUAUGUGCCCAAAGCAAGGCGUGAAAGGCCAACCAAUGAGAACAGUGGCCUUGAAACUCCCUCUGAACAGACGUCCGACAGCAGUGGCAAAGCUUGUAGACCUGUGAACAAUGAGAAAAGAAUGGACAUAAAACAUACUUCCCUAAAGAGUAGACAAGGAGAUAUUAAAGGAAUAUCUCCCGUAUUAUUAAAACCAGCAGAUGAUCAUGGGAGACUUUCUGAAUCUGUAGGUUCAGCGAAGCCAUCAAAUAGGAUCCCGGAUCAUAUAAUGGUAGAAACUGCAGAAUGUGAUUCUGUACUUGAGGCUAAGAGUACAAAAAUUAAUGAGGAAAAGAAAGUACUGGUGAUGUGUUCAGAUACAAUUGUUGAGCCUACACAACAUGACAAUUCUUCUAUUGUUGCCGAGCUCAGCUAUGUAUCAAUGAAAACUGAACAGGUCCCUGUCCAAUUCAGUCCACACCUUCAUAAUAGUCAGAAAUGGUCAGCAGAGAGGCAGGGGGAGAAAGCUAGGCCCAGGAAAGAAAAACAUGUGAAGAAACAGAGUUGUACUAGGAUACCUCAGGUCUUUGAUACAACUUGUUCAGGUUUAAACCAAAAAGAGCAUAUGUCUUCAGCAAACAUAGCCAGAUAUGGAAACUGCAAGAGAAGGGUAAAAGUGAGUGAAUCUGUGCCUCUAUGUGAUAGAUUCUUAGACUCCUCUCAACAUGGUAGCUUUGAGGAAGUAUCCCAAAAUGAAACUUGUGCAGCUGAGAAACAGGAUGAUUUAGCUUGCAACAUACUUAGCUCUGAAAUCGUUUCUGUGGUUGAUAAUGUCACUAAACGCAUAACCGAGAUACCGAAAAUGUGUUCUGAUGAUAAAGAUAAAAUAAAUAAUGCAUAUUUGUAUGAAAAAGAGAGAGACAGUGUUAUACAACAAGGUUUAUUACAUGGAGAUGUUUCAGAGCAGAUAAGCCCAGAUAAAAUGAGCAUUUCCUGUAGUAAUACCACGAUCAUGAAUGCAGAUGAAGGGAAUUGGCAGUUUGUGAGGGAAAAUUCAGAUGUGUGUGAGAGCACUAAAUUCCCAGCCCCAUGUCAUACAACUCAUGAGCCCCAAAUGAUGACUGGGACUCUGGGAUUAUCAAUGGACAGGAGUGAAGGUAGCUGUAAUAGAGAGAUGGAGGUAGAGGAUAAUUAUAAUCUUACAAAAAGUAUUUGUUCAGCUGAGGCAUGUGCAGAAAUAGUAUCAGACGGGCCUAGUGCAAGAUUGUACAUAGACAUAGGUACUUCACAUGAUGCAAAAGCCAAAAUUACACAGGGUGCAUUCACAGGGACUAACCCUAACAUUACAUCAAUAGGUGCCUUAUGUGACAGCAAAUUUAACAGUUUGGAAACCUCAAGUCUGACAGCAUCCAGUAACGAGGUUAUCUUAGAAAAUUUCUGUACAACAAAGAUCAGCAAUACUCAGUAUGUGGAAGAACCCUUGCUGACUGUUUCCUGCAGAUCUGAUCAUGUGGAAAAAUGCAUUGUGACCGAUUCUGGCAUCACUGACCAUGAAGAAAAACUCUGUGUGACUGAUUCUAACAUCAGUGACAGCCUUGGAAUACCCAGUGUGACUGAACCCGGCAACAGUGACAGUAUGGUGGGAACUUUUGUGACAGAGCACAAUAACAGUGAUAACCUGGAAAGACCUACCUUGACUGAGCCCAGCAACUGUGACAACCUGGAACGAACUGCUGUGACAGAGCCCAGCAAUGUUGACAACUUGGGAAGACCUUGUGUGACUGAGUCCAGCAACAGUGACAACCUGGAAUUACCUUAUGUAACUGAGACCAGCAACGAUGACAACCUGGAAAGACCUUGCGUCACUGAGACCAGCAUCGGUGACACCCUGGAAAGACCUUGUGUCACUGAGACCAGCAUCAGUGACAACCUGGAAUUACCUUAUGUAACUGAGACCAGCAAUGAUAACAACCUGGAAAGACCUUGUGUCACUGAGACCAGCAUCAUUGACACCCUGGAAAGACCUUGUGUCACUGAGACCAGCAGCGGUGACAACCUGGAAAGACCUUGUGUCACUGAGAACAGCAUCAGUGACAACCUGGAAAGACCUUGUGUCACUGAGACCAGCAUCAGUGACAACCUGGAAAGGCCUUGUGUCACUGAGACCAGUAUCAUUGACACUCUGGAAAGACCUUGUGUCACUGAGACCAGUAUCAUUGACACUCUGGAAAGACCUUGUGUCACUGAGACCAGCAUCAUUGACACUCUGGAAAGACCUUGUGUCACUGAGACCAGCAUCGGUGACAACCUGGAAAGACCUUGUGUCACUGAGACCAGCAUCGGUGACAACCUGGAAAGACCUUGUGUCACUGAGACCAGCAUCGGUGACACCCUGGAAAGACCUUGUGUCACUGAGACCAGCAGCGGUGACAACCUGGAAAGACCUUGUAUCACUGAGACCAGCAGCGGUGACAACCUGGAAAAACCUUGUGUCACUGAGUUGAGCAGCGGUGACAACCUGGAAAGACCUUGUGUCACUGAGUUGAGCAGCGGUGACAACCUGGAAAGACCUUGUGUCACUGAGUUGAGCAGCGGUGACAACCUGGAAAAACCUUGUGUCACUGAGUUGAGCAGCGGUGACAACCUGGAAAGACCUUGUGUCACUGAGUUGAGCAGUGGCGACAACCUGGAAAAACCUUGUGUCACUGAGUUGAGCAGCGGUGACAACCUGGAAAGACCUUGUGUCACUGAGUUGAGCAGCGGUGACAACCUGGAAAGACCUUGUGUCACUGAGUUGAGCAGCGGUGACAACCUGGAAAGACCUUGUGUGGUUGAGCCAAGCAGCGGUGACAACCUGGAAAGACCUUGUGUGGUUAAGCCCAGCGAUGCAAACAUUUUGAUAAAAGCAUUUGUGACCAAGUCUAGCAGUAUCAACACUGUUGAAAAAUCUUUUGUGGCCUCCUCCAAAGAGACUGUAACUAAUGUUACCUCAGCUGGGCUUAGUGAAGCCUCUGAUGCUAAUGAAAGCUGGGAUUCACUUUUUAAUGAUGAUGGGGAAUGUGUGGACCCUCAUCUUGUGGAACAGCUUGCCAGCAGUUGCAAGGCAGAAGACAACCUACAAGACCCCAGGUUCAACUAUUAUAAAUAUGAUUUUGAAGAAUCAUCAAUGGAUGAUCCAGAACUAUCUCACGUCAUCGAAAUCUAUGACUUCCCAGCAGCAUUUAAAACAGAGGAUUUAAUCCUUGCUUUUGCCAACUACCAGAAAAAAGGAUUUGAUAUUAAAUGGGUUGACGAUACACAUGCCCUUGGUGUGUUCUCAAGUCCAAUAACAGUAAAGAGCGUCCACAAACCUCUGCAAUUCUUGCAAGAAGACUUGUUAUUAAUGCUUUGGGUGUGAGAAAUCCCCAGUCCAGAGCCGAUCGAGAUGCUGAAAGGAAGAAGCUUAAGGAAGCUAAAGAGCGAAGGAAGUUAGAAGCUAAGCAGCGUGAAGAUGCCUGGGAAGGAAGGUGAUGACACUGAUGUUUGAACACAGCAAGAAGACUGACGUGUCUAUAAAUGAGAGCCUUCAACAGGCAUAAAUUAUUCAGUUUGUAGGACAUAUACCAAAUAAACUGUUAUUUAAGGUUUUGCUGAGCUUUGGAAGAUUGACGUUUAUCUUGAACAGCAGGUAUUUUCAAGUGUAGGAAUUGCUUUAUAAUAGGAACUAAACCAUGGUGGGCUUGUUAAGGAGUGAUGGUUUUACAAGUCCCACACCAUUCUCUUAAAAAGAAGCGUGAAGCAUUAAGAAUAUUUUUUCUUUCUAUUUCAUUGUUAUUAAUCUUAUUUUUAAAGACAUUUCUGUGUGUUCAGAAUGUUAACUCUGUAGCCAGAGAUGAUAGAUGAAGAUUGGUUUGCUUUUUUGGGGAAAGUAAAUUGAUUAUGUAGCUUUGACUGGCAUAUAUCUUUCACUGUCCAAAGUGUGUACCAGGGUAUAUUGUUCUACUGAUUCUCUGCAAGCUUCUGUCUGUAUGUUGUGUGCACACUGUUUUGUAAUGUUCCCAGUGACCGUGUUGCGUUUGGCAUUCUAUUCCAGGUACUGGAUUUAAAUGUUUUAUUUAAGACACAUUUUAAUUUCUUUUUAUUCUCAUGAAGUUUCUUUGCAACAUUAGGGAGAGACGAUUAUUUUAGUGUAAGUAGUUUAGCUGAUAAAGGAAAUGUUCUAGCUAAUAAAAUGUGCAUUGAUACUGUCAGCAUUAAUUAAUUUUAAAAAUAGAAUCAUAAUGUCCAAAAUCGACAUUGUAGUUGCUAGAAACUACCCAUUAUCACGGUAUAGUUAUCACGGUAUAGUUCUGUUAAUUUCUGCCAAUCGGUUCUCAGUGAUUGUUUUGUUUUGCAUAGUUUUAUUAACCAGACUGCUAGAUCAUAGCUUUGUGUAAUCCAUUCAACUACUCUGAGAAAUAGUUUAUUUGUGAGCAAAAUAGAUACAAUGAAAAUGUGUUAUUUAUUAAUAACAAAAUAAUUUUUUAAAUGUAGAGAUGUUAGUUCAUUUUCUAAUUAAACCUAUUUCUACGUGGGUGGAGCCUAGCACAGGACUGCUAAAAAAUCUUAGCUUUGCUUUAACUUUUUGUGUAUAAUGUGAACAUCUGUUUAACAUGAAGUGAAAAGCUUGACAGCAUUUAAGUGAUGGUAAACUGUACAUGUUUCAAAACCUGGUCCGGAAUAUAAGUGAUAUUUUACAGGAAUUGAUCACUUCUAAUGAAGAUGCGUUAUAAGUUAUUUUUUAAUCUACCCGUGUCAUUCUAAUACACCACAGUCCAGCCGCCCACUUUAAACUUCAUAUUUUUUCUGAGCUAGCAGUUUGAACUGUACUCCAGUGGGCGCUCUAGCUACAAAGAAUGUACUGUACAGCUUAUUGGAGAGCAGUUAAAACCGCUUUGAAGUGGCGGCUGGAUCGCCGGGUAUUAGAAUGUCACGGCUAGAUUAAAAAAUAAAUUACAGCCCAUCUUCAUUGCAAGUAAUCAAUUAUGGUCCCUAUAAAAUAUUGCUUAGAUUACGGACCUGAUUUUAAAACAUGUAAAGUUUACCAUCACUAAAAUGUCCAACAUGGUUUAUAAUAAUACUGUGCUCUUUCCAUUCUCCUUAGAUUUUAGGUUUUCAAAAUUUUGGAAAUUGCUUAAUCGUGUAUUUGUUUACAGCAUCUUGAAAACCUAGGUUCUAAAAUGUGCUUUUUAGCCUCUAUGGAGUGUGGGCUAAGCAUAGUUUUAAACAAAAGCAAGCGGUGUUUAAUGUGCCUAUAAUAGCAGAUUUAUAUUUUGGCCCACCCGAGUAGCACUCACCAACAAAUAUUGGUACCAUUUUAUAAAGGGUCAGGCAGAAACCUAAAGCCUAAAACUUUCCUUGUCAGUAUGUAUGAUUUAAAUUUCUAGGCAUGUGCAUUUGCGUAAUUUGCUAGCUGCUGAAUGGGGAAGAUGUGCAAAUCUAGAUCUUAAUGUGUUGCGCUUUCACAAGCAAAGAAAUCCGUCUCCGAAAAGUAGGGAUGCACCGAAAUUUCGGCCGCAGAAAAUAUCGGCCGAAAAUGGCAUUUUUGGCUAUUUCGGUUUUCGGUUUUUUUGCCUGUUAUUUUCGGUAAAAUUAUUGUGUAGCAUGUUUCAAAUUUGAUGCUAGCCUAGAGCUGCUGUUUAAGUUUAUUACUUGACUUACUGUUCUGCAUAUAAUAAAGUUUUCUAGGACUAUACUUUAUUUGGAUAAUUGGCAAAAAAAAAAACCUCUUAAAUAUGAUUCUGUUACAUAGAACUAAAUGAAGAAUAAUACAUUAUAAUUGUUUUAAGUAGGGAUGCACCAAAAUUUUGGUCGCAGAAACAUUUUGGCCGAAAAUUGCAUUAUUUUUUGCCUGUUUUUUUUUUUCUUAGUAAAAUUAUUGUGUAGCAUAUUAUUGUUUUAAGAUAUUUUUGUCCAAUUUUAGUGUGUUACUUUCAAUAAAAGUGUGGGCUUUUUUAUUGGCUCUAAUUAUGCAAAAAAAAAAACAACUAAAAAAAAAUUAAUUUGAAAAAAUACAUUUUCGGUAUCAGUUUCGGUUUUCGGCCAAGUGCAUUCCGGAUUUUCGGAUUCGGUUUCGGUCCAGAAUUUCCAUUUCGGUGCAUCACUACCGAAAAGAGAUGAAUGCCGCUGGUGGACGCCAUCUUCCCCAUUUAGCAGCUAACAAAUUACUCAAAGGCACAUGCCUAUAAAUUUCCUUUUUGUCUUCUUUGAUGCUACCUAACCUUGUGUCAAAACCUAUAUAUACUGUUUAGAGUCCUGCCAUGCACUGCUAAAGAAAAUUUGGUGUUCAUAGUAAUCCAAACCAUAGUACAAGUUAUGGCUUCAAACACAGUCGAUUAUAGGUCUAAUUAUUUGCCUUUUUUUUGUGGUUUUAUAUUAUGUUUUUCGAUAUUAUUUUACUUUACAGUUUAUAUAAACAUGAUGGUUAAAUAUAAAGUCUUGAAUAUUUUUCUACAUAACUUUGCACCUAUCUUCAAAACCACUUUUCAAUAUUGUAUAAGGCUAUUUCCAGCACUUUGGCAAAUACAUAAUGGAUUUGAUUAGGAAUGUGCCCCUUAAUGUGGAUUUUGACUGUGAUUCUGAUAAAAAUCAUUUAAAUAUUGUCUUUUCUCAGGUUAUGAAAAGCAAAUGGAAUUUUGUAAAAAGUUGUUUGAUAGUGUAAUUAUUUAUUUUUUAUACAAUUGCAAUAUUGUUUUUUUUUAAUGUGUUAAUAUCUUUUAAUAUAUAUGUGUACAUUUUUUUUUCUUUUUACUUUUCUAAUACCUCUUGAAAAGAUGUGAAAAUGUGAGUGCUUUAAAAAUCAUCUCGCUGAUUUUAAACUGGAUAGUUAUUAAAACCAUAAACCUUUUAAAAGCAAGGAUCUGAUACCAUCCAGACACUUUCAGACUCUGACAUGUUUAUAUAGUUCACAAAUUGUUUUCUUUCAUACAGGUGGUGAGAAUCCACAAUCCAUUACUCCUUGUGAUUACUCUUCCUGGCCACUAGGAGGAGGCAAAGAUUCCCAAACCUCAAGAGCUCAAUAAAUCCUCUCCCACCUUACUAGAAACUAGUCUUGUCUUUGGAGGUGUUCUCCAACAGAGCUGAGGCCCAAUUUCCCCUCAGAGUGUUGCUGUUUGAAGGAGGGAUGUGUUGGAUAAGUGCACAGUUACUCCUUAUGGUAGUUAGUCACAAGCCUGCCACAGGUGUUAUGGGGACCUAUCCUUCACCUCCUCCUGUUGGGUCAUCAGUAUACUCCUAUACUGAUGACCCAGAAUUUUUUCAACAUUUCUGGGUACUCUUGUCGGUGUUAAGAGCCCAGUGUACUUAAUCAUUAUUUCUUUACCUAGAUGAUACCUUGGUUCAAGCUCCAUCUUUUCAUUUAGCUGUAUCUCACAUCAGCAGGCACUUUUUGUUGUUUCUUCAGCAGCAUGGUUGUAAAAUACAUUUUGCAAAAAGUUCUCUUCUUCGACAGUCACUUUUCUGUGUGUUCAAAUAGACUCAAUCUCUGAGACUUUCUUUGACUGAACAAAGAAGGUUUAAGCUGAUUUCAGCUUGUUCAAAUGUUCAGUCUGUUCGGUGUCCUUCAGUAGCUCUUUGUAUGGAAGUUCUAGGCCUAAUGAUUGCCACUUUGCAAUACCAUUUUGUUUUCUCGGUUUUACGUGUGGCCUCUCCAGCUUUGCAUGCUCUGGCAAUGGUGCAGGGAUCAUACUCCGCUUUCUCAGAAUUUAUUUGGACUCCAAAUUAAGACAGUCCCUGUCUUAGUGGCUGGAUCAUCAGUCUAUUAUUCUGGGCGCUUCUUUUGUUCGUCCUGUCUGGACUGUGACCACAACAGAUGCUUGUCUUUCAGGCUGGGGUACAGUCUAGGGGUCUCAGAGAGCACAGGGAGUUUGGUCAUCUCAGGACGAGAGGAUACCAAUAAAUGUUUUUAACUAUGUGCGAUUUAUUAAAGGGACACUCCAAAUUUUUUCAUUUGUGAUUCAGAUAGAGCAUGCAAUUUUAAGCAACUUUUUAAUUUACUCCUAUUAUCAAUUUUUCUUCGUUCUCUUGCUAUCUUUAUUUGAAAAAGAAGGCAUCUAAGCUAUUUUUUUGGUUCAGACUCUGGAGAGCACUUGUUUAUUGGUGGGUGAAUUUAUCCACCAAUCAGCAAGAACAACCCAGGUUUUUCACCAAAAAUGGGCCGGCAUCUAAACUUACAUUCUUGCAUUUCAAAUAAAGAUACCAAAAGAAUGAAGAAAAUUUGAU